GAUAUUUUUACUCAUGUGAUUACUACACACACCUGAGAAGCAAAUCCGCUGGUUGAAGUUCGUAAAUUUCUUCGAUAUAUUCUACUUGUUUCUUUUUAAAGAAUUUAAAAAUAUCGAGAAAUGGCAGCAUCGAUAGCACCAGUAUUAAUAUUCACCAUUUUAUGGGGUGCAGUUGGGAUUGCAUUUCCGUGUUUUGUGCCUACUGGACCAAAUCGUGGAAUCCUACAAGUUGUUCUUAUAUUAACAGCAUUUACUUGUUGGUUGUUCUGGUUAUGUUGUUAUAUGGCACAAAUGAACCCAUUAAUUGGACCUAAAUUAUCUAAUAAGACAAUACUUAUGAUGGCUCAAGAAUGGGGUACACCGCUUGAAUAAUAGAACGUAUAAAUAAUUGAUGUAAUAUGAAAAUUCGUUCUUUGUAUAUAUAUAUAAACGUAUUAAUUACUUAACUGAAUAUGUAUAUUCCGAGAAACUAGGAGUACUCUGUUAUAUAUAGGCAAAAUAUGCUUGUAUUUAUUGACAUGAAAUUGAUUAUACGUUAUUAUAUUUUAAGUUUAAAUAUUUGUGUACAAAUAUUCUUAGGCGAUUUAUGGCACGAAUAACAAGUGACAUAUAUUCAUAACAACAAAAA